AUGGCCCAUACUCAUAACUCUGACACCGACACUCAGGAUGCUGCUCAAGAAAUUAUUGCUACUAUUGUUGCUCAAGGUAGAACUAAGAAGGCUUCAACUCAGAAAAGGAAGGGUAAAUCCACAAAGGUGGUUCAAGUACCCCGGGUUGAGCAUGAAGAAGGGGUGGAACAUGAUGAUCCAGUACCUCAGGAUCUAGUGCCGCCCCCAACAGCAGUUCCGGCUCAGACAGCUAUAUCUCUAGAGGUGGGUCAGAUGUUUAAUGUUGCCAACAGUGCUAUGGAGAUGUUUAAAGCCUUCAUGGCCAACCAGAACGAUUCUAUAGCUGAUGAAGUUCCAAUGAUGUGGCUAGAGGGUGUCAAGAAAGCCCUCCGAGCGAUGAAGGCAUUUAAUGAUGAAGCUGUGGAGCUGGCUACUUACCAGCUUAGAGAUCUGGCUGAAGAGGAUAGAGAAGCUAAGUCUAUAAAGUUAGAACAGCUCAAGAAAGGGAAUAAAAAUAUGCAAGAGUACUACAUGGAAUUCAUAAGGUUAGCUAAGCAUACUCCUUACAUGGUUAAGACUGAAAAAGCAAAGAUUCGCAGGUUUAUUGGCAUUUUGGCUUACCACAUUAAGGAAAUGAUAUCAGCUUCAGCGGUAGGAAUGAUAGCUUUCUCCUCUGUUGCGGGAUUCACCAAGCAUUUAGAAAAAGACAGACAACAAAUGAGAGAAGAAAAAGAGCAAAACAAGAAAGCCCGGACAGCGGACAUGUUUAAUGGUACAUCCAGUGGAGGUGGAAGGGGUUCCUUCAAUAAGGAGUCAUUAUCACCAGCUCUGUCCAUUCAUCAGUCAGGUGGUGGGUCUUCCUUCAGACGUCAAUGCAAGCUCGGGUUUCAUGGUUGCUAUCAUUGUGGAGAUAUUAAUCAUAUAAAGGCCAACUGCCCAAAGUUGCGACGUAAUUUCAGUGGUGUAUCAACUCGUCCUUCUAGUUCCUCAGCUACUACAGUUGCACCACCAUAG